ACACUGCCCUAGCUGCCCAUCCCCCCCACGUGCUCUCUGUCCAUCCAUCCAUCCAUCCACGCCAUGUACUAUUCAUCCACCUCUGCACCCCAAGCUCUCUCCAUCUCUCCACCUCAUUGCUCUUUAUAGUCUCUGCUCCAUGGCCACGGAUUACGCUCGCUGCCCUUCUCCAGUUCUACCUCCCGUGGGAGGUGCGGGGACCAGAGCUGGGCGCAGCCUUCAAGGCGUGGACGUGUGAAUCUCUAACAGGGCACGGUGACACUUUCAGUCACCCUUUGGACUCUGCCUGCCAGCCAGAGGGUCUGAGCUGGGUUUACAGGGCCCUGGAGCACCCCUGGGUUACAGAGUAACCAGCCCCCACCCAGGUGUGUUUGUUUUGGGCAGCUUUUAACGCUGCUCCCUGCUAGCACCGUGGACUUUGCUGUGCAAUUCAACUACGCGGCCCUGUGCUGGGAGGGGAAGCCCCAUCCUCAGGGCCUGGACCUGCCCUAACACCAGCCAUGCCUUCCUCCCGGGCCUGCCUCUCCAAGGCAUGAGGGAGCUGAGCAAUUGGCCCGUCCACAGGGCCGGGCCAGGCACCAGCCGCACGGCAGGACCCCAGGCUGCCGGGAGGCUGGGGAUGACAUCCCGUGCACAGUAGCCUCUCACUGACUGUGCAGUGCCCCAGCUGGGCUGCAGCCAGGCCGGCCGCAGCUUCUGAGCAGCUGGCUGGAGCACCGUGCUCGCAGGGUACUAAUCAAUGGGGCAAUGUCUAGCUGGCAGCCGGUCUCAUGUGGAGUGCCCCAGGGGUCGGUCCUGGGACUCGUUUUGUUCAAUUUCUUCAUGAACCACCUGGAAGAUGGGAUGCAGUGCACCCGCAGCAAGUUUGCAGAUGACACAAGCUGGGGGAGGUAGUAGAUAACCUGGAGGGCAGGGCUAGAAUUCAGAGUGACCUAGACAACUUGGAGGAUCGGGCCAAAAGAAAUCUCAUGAGGUUCAACAAGGACAAGUGCAAAGUCCUGCACUUAAGAGGGAGCGAUCCCCUGCACCGGGGCAGGCUGGGGGUGACGGGCUGGGCAGCAGCUCUGCAGAAAAGCACCUGGGGGGACAGGGGACAAGAAGCUGGACAGGAGCCAGCAGUGUGCCCUUGUGCCAAGAAGGUGACCGGCAUCCUGGGCUGCAUCGGUAGGAGCGGAGCCAGCAGAUCGAGGGAGGUGAUUCUUCCUUUUUAUUCAGCACUGGGGAGGCCACGUCUGGAGUCCUGUGUCCAGCUGUGGGCCCCCGCUACAGAAAGGAUGUGGACACAUUGGAGAGAGUCCGGUGGAGGGCAACGAAAAUGGUUGUGGGCUGGGGGACAGGCCUGGUGAGGAGAGGCUGAGGGAACUGGGCUGAUUGAGUCUGGAGAAGGGAAGACCGAGGGGGAUUGAAUAGCAGCCUUCACCUCCCUGCAGGGGGGCUGCAAAGAGGAUGGAGCUGGGCUGUUGUCAGUGAGGGCAGACAACAGGACAAGGAGCAAUGGGCUCAGGCUGCAGCAAGGGAAGCUGAGGUUGGAUAUUAGGAAAAACUUUCUCACUAGGAAAGUAUAAAGCAUUGGGACAGGCUCCCCAGAGAGGUGGUGGACUCCGCAUCCUUGCAGGUUUUGGAGACCCAGCUGGACAAAAUAUUGUCUGGGAUGAUGUAGUUGAGGCUGGUCCUGCUUUGAGCAGGCGGUUGGACUAGCUGCGACCUCUUGAGGUCUCUUCCAACCUGAAUUUUCUGUGAUUUUAACACCCCCCGGGCCCUGGCUGGGGGCUCCACGCAGCCAGACUCCACGCUGGGCAGGGCCAGUGUGGCUGGGGCUGCUCCCAGCCUGGGCUGAAGGGAGUGACCUGUGGCAGCCUUGGGGGAGACAGGCAGCUCCCCCCAGCCCUGACCCAGCUGGAUGCAGCCUCUGGCGGCACAGACAGGAGCUCUGUGGGCCCAGCGGGGCAGGCCUCGCAGUGGGCACGUGCAGCUCCAUGCACGCCUCCCCACCUGAGUGCCAGCCCAGCUCCACCCGGACCAGGAGGACCUUGUGCUGCCAACCCAAGGGGUCUGGGCCUGAGGCUGGGAUGGAGAGGCUGGGCAAGCCCCUGCCGAGGGUGGUCCUGCUCAGGGCUCGGCACCAGCCCAGCGCCCUCGCUGUGCUCCCGCUGUCUCCUGGAGUUUACCCAAGAAUUGGCCGAGGCCGCAUGUGCACGUGACACAGUCGUCAGGGGCGAUGUUAAUUAUCCAAACAUCUCCUUGGACGAACACUCGGCCAAGCUGAGUCGGUCACGCUCGUCGCGGAGCUCAUCCCAACGCGGGAGGCGCGCGGGCCAAACAGAGGUGACGCUCUGCUGCGCUUGGUCCUGGCCGAAGGAGACGGCCUGGUGACCGACCUAAAUACAGAGGGAAGCCUGGGCAACCGCGACCACGAAACCGUCACGUUCGCUGUCCAGCAUAAGGCAGACAGAUCUGACAGCAGGAGUGAAGUCCUGGAUGUCGCAAUGCAAAUGUCAGCAAGCUCAGGUCACUCGUAGGGCAAGUGCUGCGGGGCAGGGACUGCAGGCGAGAGGUGCGCCUGAAGAGUGGUUGUUCCUUACGGACACGAUCCUGGAAGCACAAAGGAAGUCUAUUCGCACGCAGAGAAAGCUCCCGGCAGGACGGGCACGGUGCCGGGCCCCGGUGGCUCCGCGUGCCGGCGAGCCGGAGCGAGCCGGCCCAGCCCCUGCGCGUGGCGGCUGGGCCGGCUGGCGCGGCGGGCGCGAUGGGGUUCGCGGCGGUGGACUACGCGAUCUUCGGGCUGGUGCUGGCGCUGUCGAUGGCCAUCGGGCUGUACUACGCGCUGAGCGGCGGGCGGCAGCGCACGGUGCGCGAGUUCCUGCUGGCCGACCGCAGCAUGGGCUGCCUGCCCGUGGCCCUCUCGCUGCUGGCCACCUUCCAGUCGGCCGUGGCCAUCCUGGGCGUCCCGGCCGAGAUCUACCGCUUCGGCACCGAGUACUGGUUCCUGGGCUGCUGCUACCUCCUGGGGCUGCUCAUCCCCGCCCACGUCUUCAUCCCCAUCUUCUACCGCCUGCAGCUCACCAGCGCCUACGAGUACCUGGAGCUGCGCUUCAACAAGACGGUGCGGGUCUGCGGCACCGUGACCUUCAUCUUCCAGAUGGUGAUUUACAUGGGAGUCGUUCUGUAUGCGCCGGCACUGACCCUCAAUGCAGUGACUGGCUUUGACCUCUGGGCUGCUGUGCUGACCAUGGGGCUCGUCUGCGCCCUCUACACCACCCUGGGUGGGCUGAAGGCCGUGAUCUGGACCGACGUGUUCCAGACGCUGGUGAUGUUCGUGGGGCAGUUGACCGUCAUCGUGGUGGGCACCCAGAAGGUGGGCGGCAUGGGGCGGGUCUGGCAGGUGGCAGCCGCCCAUGACAGGAUCUCAGGGAUUGACCUGAACCCAGACCCCUACGAGCGCCAUACCUUCUGGACCCUGGCCUUCGGCGGUGUCUUUAUGAUGCUGGCGCUGUACGGCGUGAAUCAGGCGCAGGUGCAGCGCUACCUCAGCUCCCGCUCGGAGAGGGAGGCUGUGCUCUCCUGCUACGCCGUGUUCCCCUGCCAGCAGAUUGUGCUGUCCCUCGGCUGCAUCAUGGGCCUCGUCAUGUUCGCCUACAACCAGGAGCACCCGCUCACAGCUGCCCAGAGCCUGGCCUCCCCCGACCAGAUGGUACUUUACUUCGUCAUGGACAUCCUGCAGGGCCUACCUGGCCUGCCCGGCCUCUUCGUUGCCUGCCUCUUCAGCGGCUCCUUGAGCUGUGUUGUUUCGGCUUCUAGCACCAUCUCCUCAGCCUUUAAUUCCCUGGCGACGGUGACCAUGGAGGACCUGAUCCGUCCCCACUUCCCCAGCCUCCGCGAGUCCCAAGCCACGCUGCUCUCCAAGGUGCUGGCUUUCAGCUAUGGCCUGGUGUGCCUGGGAAUGGCCUACAUCUCCUCCAUGAUGGGCUCCGUGCUGCAGGCUGCAAUCAGCAUCUUCGGCAUGGUGGGUGGCCCGCUGCUCGGCGUCUUCUGCCUCGGGAUGUUCUUCCCAUGUGCCAAUUCCCUGGGCGCGAUCGUGGGCCUGGCAGCAGGGCUGGCCAUGGCCUUCUGGGUCGGCAUCGGGGGCUUCGUGUUCAAUAUGAUGGCGUCGCCUGUGGCCCCCCCGGCAUCCAACAGUACCCACUUCCCCCCGAACGGCAACCUGACGACAGCUGUCAUGACGACCCUGCUGACCUCUACCACUGCCCCCCCAAGCCGCACGGGGCUCCACAAGUUCUACAGCCUGUCCUACCUGUGGUACAGCGCCCACAACUCCACCACCGUCAUCGUCGUGGGGCUGCUUGUCUCCUUCCUCACCGGCCCUAUGCGGGGAGAGGAUGUGGACCCACGCACCAUCUACCCUGUCCUGCUCAAGCUGUGCCACUGCCUGCCCCGCAGAUACCGGGCCCAGCUGAGCUGUGGGGUGGGCAGCUCCAUGCAGGACAUGAGCGGCACGGACCCAGCUGGCCUUGCUGGACAGAAGACCAGCAACGGACUGCCCAACGGGCCCCCGGUCGGUGUUGCUAGCUGCGAGGAGGGUGAAGGCUUCGCCCGUGCAGAUGCCGUUCCCACCUGUGUGGUGCAGGAGACAUCGUUCUGAGCUCAGGUGCAGGAGAUGCAGACGGGCUGUGGGGCUGGCACAGCCUUCCCUGCCUACACCCGUUGGGCCAGGCCUUGGCCCCAGACCAACAGGCCUGUGCUCCAUCCGUUCCAUCCCCCCGGGGGCUCCCGGGCCAGGGUCUGCAGUAGCCAGGGCUUCACAAGAGACCCAUCAAACACUGCGAACGGGGCUGGGAGCCAGCCUUGGUCCCAUCUCUGCACCCACUACAUGGAGUUAGGACCAAAGAUGGAGUUGGGCUCUUGCCCACCCCAAUAUAUGGGUGCACACGCAUGUGUACAUGCACACACAUGACUAGGAGCCAGUCAGAAGGGGGAGCUGGUUGCCAUGCAGCGCACUCUCCUGCCCCCGGGCCAUGAGCAUGGCCCCAGUAGACUUCUCCCCACCGCUGCCAUCCCCAACCCCCCGUUUCCCUCAAUAAAUGUUUUUGUGCA